GCGUGGGCGCGACGUCGUGACGCGACCGCGCAUGUUUUGAUGACGCGCCUGGCCGAGCCGGGGCCCAGUCCAGGAGCUGCGGGACCGCGGCCUCUCGUCAGCGCCGCCGCCGCCGCCUCCUCCUCACGCAGCACUCUGGCCUCAUCGUCGGACUCGGAGCCCGGUGGAGCGUCUCCGCCGCCGCCGCCUCAGCCUCACGGCCCUCCCCCUCCCAGGAAGAAGCAGCGAUUGUCCGCCAGCGGCUCGGGGCCCGGUCCUCACCGCCGCCGGCGCCGCCUCCGCCCCGUCCUCCCGAGCAGCGCGGGCUCCAGCUCCAUGCAGCAGCAGCAGCCGCAGCCGCAGGCACCGCCGGCUCAGGGCCUGCCCAGUACGAACGGCGCCCAGCCCGGGCACCUCAGCGCCGCCAACGGCCAGCUGCCUCACGGCGGGCCCGGGCCCGGCCUGGGGCUGGGCCUGGGCCUGGGGCUGGGCCUCGGCCUGGGCCUGGACACGGCCACCCUCGGGCCGCACACCGAGAGCCAGCCGCCGGCCGCCAGCGGCCGUAAGAAGAAGAGGCUGUCGCGGGCGGACGAGGAUGUGAUCCGGUUAAUCGGCCAGCACCUCCGCGGCCUCGGCUUCAACCAAACCGUCGAACAGCUGAUGCAAGAGACGGGAUGCAGCCUGGAGCAUCCGUCUGCCACCAAGUUCCGCAACCACGUGACGGAGGGUGACUGGGAAAAGGCUGAAGCUGACCUCACUGAACUCAAGUCCUUGGUGCACUUGCCUCAGGCCAUUGUGCGCAUGAAGUUCCUGCUGCUGGAGCAGAAAUACCUGGAAUUCCUGGACGACGGGAAAGUGCUCGAGGCUCUGCAGGUGCUGCGCUUUGAGCUGACUCCGCUGAAGUACAACACAGACCGUAUCCACGCUCUGAGUGGGUACCUGAUGUGUAGUGAUGCAGAAGAUCUCCGGGCGAAGGCGGAAUGGGAGGGAAAGGGCAGCUUGUCACGGACCAAGCUCCUCGAUAAACUUCACACGUACCUGCCACCGUCGGUGAUGCUGCCUCCCCGGCGUCUGCAGACCCUGCUCAGACAAGCGGUGGAGCUACAGAGGGACCGGUGCCUGUACCAUAACACCAAGGCUGACACCAACCUGGACUCCGUCUCACUGCUGAUGGACCACGCCUGCAGCAGGCUUCACAGGAGGCAGUUUCCCUGUUACACCCGGCAGAUCCUCACAGAGCACUGCAACGAAGUGUGGUUCUGCAAAUUCUCCAACGACAGCACCAAGCUGGCGACGGGGUCAAAGGACAACGCGGUCAUCAUCUGGCAGGUCGACCCUGAAACCCAUCAGCUGAAGUUACUGAAGACGUUGGAAGGUCACACGUACGGAGUUUCCUAUCUGGUUUGGAGUCCGGAUGACACUUACUUAAUCGCCUGUGGUCCUGAUGACUGCUCCGAGCUCUGGCUCUGGCAUGUACAGACAGGGGAGCUGAGGACCAAGAUGAGCCAGUCCCAUGAAGACAGCCUGACGUGCGCAGCGUGGAACCCAGACGGGAAGCGAUUCGUGACGGGAGGACAGCGCGGCCAGUUUUACCAGUGUGACCUGGACGGUAACGUGCUGGACUCGUGGGAGGGAGUACGGGUGCAAUGCCUGUGGUGCCUGAACGAUGGCAAAACCAUUCUAGCCUCCGAUACCCAUCAGCGGAUACGCGGCUACAACUUCGAGGAGCUGACCGAUCGCAACAUCGUCCAAGAGGACCAUCCCGUCAUGUCUUUCACGGUUUCCAGAAACGGACGGUUAGCCUUGCUCAACGUCGCCACACAGGGGGUCCAUCUCUGGGACUUACAGGACCGGGUGUUACUGCAGAAAUACCAGGGCGUCACCCAGGGUUUCUACACCAUUCACUCGUGUCUCGGCGGCAUGAGUGAGGAUUUCAUCGCCAGCGGGAGUGAAGACCACAAAGUCUACAUCUGGCACAGAAAGAGUGAGCUCCCUGUGGCCGAGCUGACGGGCCACACCCGCACCGUUAACUGUGUCAGCUGGAACCCACAGAUCCCCUCCAUGCUGGCCAGCGCCUCCGACGAUGGCACGGUUCGGAUAUGGGGGCCAGCCCCCAGCCUGGACGGCGAUGAUCCGGAAGGAUGCAGCAGCAACAGCCCUGCUGACAGCUGACAGCUCACAUCGGGCACAGGUUAACCCUCCCUCC